CUUGUCCACCAUUCUCUCCUAUACUGAAUUACGUCAACCAAGAGAUGAAAUGAUGAGAUUGAUCUCGUUGUUGUCGUCUUCUUUCAAGCCGCCUUUUCGCUCAAACCUUGCCUACACAUCGAUCUUCAUAUUCUUCAUACUUCAGUUGACUUCAUUCAGCGUCGCUGAUAUAUCGUUUUGCAAAUGCAUGUGCUUUAAUAAUUAUACGAUAGUACCAUUAUAUCGACCGAAGGACGUAUCAAAGCCUUGUUUAACUUGUACCAAACAGUUCUGUUUAGACCAGAAGCUAUCGAUCUGUCAAGAUGCCAAGUUAGGGAAUACUAAUCUGGAUACCGGGACGGGAGACGAAGGGGAUAUUAGGACUAAAUGCUUUCAACGCGAUUCAACUAAAGAUCAAGUGAUCGUCGUCAGUUUCAUCAUUCUUACCACGGUCUUGUUGAUCUCUGCAUUGAUCAAAGAGCACGGGGAAUACUGGCUUCAAGGUUAUCAAGCUCUAAGGAAUCGUAAUCGUUCCAAUCGCAACUUCUGAUCGAAAACAACCGUAUCAAUUAGAUAUUGUAAUCAGAAAAAGUUAAAAAUCUAGCCAAAUUUUAUAGAAUGGUGUGGGAAUGUAGUGGUAGCUUGGUUAUUGGUGAUGAUCAUUCAAAUCUGGAUUAUUAGACCAGUAUGGGUUAUGGUGUCAAAUGUGACCGUGUUUUAUAGGGAUCUACUAAGCUUGUAUCAACAGAUUCUGAUAAUCAGAGAAAACAAAUAUUCCUUUUUUGAUGU